AGGAUGGAUGGCUGCCUUAAACCUGUGAGAGGGAGGUCACUUCCCCUUAAUGUUGAACCUCAAUGGGCAUGUGAAGAACUGUUGGCUGCUGCCAUAAAAAAGCAGAAAGCCUUUAACCAGGACUUGGAAGAUGGUGCCCAUGUCUUGUUGUACCCUGAUGCGAGGGUGAUAACAAAUAUCCCCGGAACGGACACCCCUUUCACAGUACAGAUGUACAAAGAGGCCAUUGGAAAGCCCUACCAACGAAUUACGUUGUACAUCUGUACUCUUGAAGCCGUUGAAAACAGUUGUUACACUGGAACAACCUCUUCAAGUGACGAGGACAGUGUGGUUGUUGCAAAGUUGCCAUCUGGAGACAGUCUUGCUGACACCGUGGUCAGUUUGGAUCUAUCGUGGCAUUUAUUCUUAAUUAAAGUGAAUUUAUUUUAUUUCAGUCAGUCAUUUGUGUGUUGUAUGCAGGUGUGGGACUUUCCAAAUGAACAGAGCACUCCCAGAAUGGACAACAGUUUGCCAGGACCUCUCAGGCACCCACAACCAGCGUCUGAUCGGGAUGGAGAACCAACCCCAUUCCAGGAAGAGGUCCAAUCUGCCCCGGGUCAGAACACCUUCUAUAGGUAA